UUUCACAAGUGGUACCCGAAGGCAGCAUUAAACCCCGACGCCGGACAUGACAUAGGCACGCACGUAAACAUUUUGUAACUAAUAAUGGCAGCAUCAUUGGUCAGGAUUUUCUCAAAGUCGUGCAGACAGAUCUCUCGACCAUGGGGCGCGUCCCGGGCUGCAUGGAGGAGCAGGUCCACCAAUCCUGCUGCAGAUGUGUCCUCAGACCAGGCAGCUGGUGGAGUCUCAUUUCCUCCGCUUCAAACCUAUUCAGAGGAGGAGAGCAUGAUGAGGGAAGCAGUUAAAAAAUAUGCACAAGAGCGCAUUGCUCCGUUCGUGUCAAAGAUGGAUGAAAACUCUACCAUGGACGAGGAAGUGAUCAAAUCUCUUUUUGAGCAGGGUCUCAUGGGCAUCGAGAUUGACCCAGAGUACAACGGCACCGGCUCCACAUUCUUUGCCUCCAUUCUGGUGAUUGAGGAGCUGGCGAAGGUGGACCCCUCUGUGGCUGUGCUCUGCGACAUCCAGAACACGCUGAUCAACACUCUGUUUGCCGAACUGGGCACAACAGCGCAGAAGGAGCAGUACCUCAGCCGCCUGACAACUGACAUGGUCGGAAGCUUCUGCCUCUCCGAAGCAGAGUCGGGGAGUGAUGCUUUCUCUCUGAAGACGCGCGCUGAUAAACACAAGGACUAUUACAUCAUCAAUGGAUCCAAGUUGUGGAUCAGUAAUGCAGAGCAUGCAGGGGUUUUCUUAGUGAUGGCAAAUGUCGACCCCUCUUCUGGAUACAAAGGGAUUACCUGCUUCAUAGUGGACCGGGACACGGAGGGGCUUGAGAUUUGCAAGAAGGAGAACAAGCUCGGCCUGCGGGCGUCGUCCACCUGUCCGCUCAACUUUGACAAUGUCAAGGUACCAGAGAAAAACAUUUUGGGCCAGAUCGGCCAGGGUUACAAGUAUGCUAUUGGAAUGUUGAAUGGGGGCAGAAUUGGAAUAGCGGCUCAGAUGGUUGGUCUUGCACAGGGUUGCUUUGAUAACACAAUUCCUUACACCAGACAGAGAGUGCAGUUUGGAAAACGCCUCUUCGACUUCCAGGGCAUGCAGCAUCAAAUCGCGCACGUGGCCACGCAGAUUGAAGCCGGACGGCUGCUGACGUACAACGCUGCUCGUCUGAAAGAGGCGGGGAGACCUUUCAUCAAGGAGGCCUGUAUGGCCAAAUACUUCACUGCAGAGGUUGCAACCCUAACCACAUCUAAAUGCAUCGAAUGGAUGGGAGGGGUAGGCUUCACCAAAGACUACCCCAUAGAGAAAUACUACAGAGACUGUAAAAUUGGGACCAUUUACGAGGGCACGACAAACGUCCAGCUUUCUACAAUGGCCAAGUUAAUUGACAAAGAGUAUGAUAGCUGAAACCGGCCCACUGGAGCCGGACGGAUUGCAAACCUGUGUUACACUCCGUGUGCUUCCCCUCAAAUGACUUUUGGGAGUGCAUUGCUGUAGAUAUGCAUUCAUGUUUCGAGAGUUUUGUUGCACUUACAGAUGUUUGUUCGCUAUAUCACCAGUGUUUUCUCUAAACAAACGUUAA